AUGAAUUUUUUACUCGUCGAGCUCGCCUUUGCACCCUUGCUUGUCAGUGCCGCUCCCUGGAAUUCGAGCUGCAAAGGUUUGAGCGAAGAAGCAUUCAUCGUCAUAGUUGUCGAGAGCGUCGUGAUCUUACUGCUCCUCGUCAUGGUCCUUUUUAUGUGGGCCAGGAUCCGCCGGCUGCGCAGCUCACAGGCGUCUCUUGCCCAGAACCGCCACAUCGAGCGGUACGUCGACCGCGCCCCGACUCCGAGAGCGAAGAAUGCCCGAGACUCAAGCGAAGACUCCGAGCUCUCCACGCCCUUCCUUCCCGCCACCGUCCCAGAAACUCUUCAGCCGAGAUCCAUGACACUCUCUACCCGCAGAGAGAUCGGCUCUCCCUCCCUUUACGUCUCCGCCCCCGCGCUUGACAAACCCACGCCUUCACAUCAGUCCACGUACACGAGCAGACUGAGCGUCGCGCACCCGCGGGACCUGUCCUCCGACACGCCCUUCCCGAACCCGCACAGCGAGGAACCCAGCGAGGACCAUUCUUGGCUCGCAAACGAGGACGCACCCUCUUCACCCACUGUCACUACCGCACCCUCGAUCUACUCCCAGCCGUCUCUGAAGCCCUCGGAACCGAAGCCCGCAUCCAUCGAGCCCCUCAGCGUCGGCAAGCGCCUCUCUGCCACCCAGCCGAUUCAAGAAAACGGAGACGCGCAAGCUCAUGGGCAAGAGCCCAUAUUCCCGAACCCGCACAGCGAGGGUCACGCGUGGCAUGACGAUGAUACCCCGCUCCCGUCGCCUACCGCGCCCGCGGGGUACCAGCUCCCGUCCGCAGCGGACUCGUGGGUGAGCUACGAUUUGACGAACCUGCCAACACCGACAGACCUCUCACACCGCACGACGCGCUCGAGCUUCCCCGACCCGUCGACGCCGUCCGCCCGUUCGCUGCACAUUGCGCUGCAACCUUCGAGGACGGAGGUCCGCCUGAUAGCUCAGGGCGCGCUUGCGGAGGCGUCGAGAGGCUCGGUGGUAACGUCGGGGUCGUAA